UUGUUCCCAGCGAGUCAGCCAUUACUGUCGCCAUAUUAUGCGAAGUAUCUGAUAAUGAACAGAAUUUUCUGAAAUUAUAGUCAGCUGUGUUUUAUAGCUGCAAAAUUGGAUAUACUGUGGGGUGAACAGAACAUGGAGUGACCAUGAGUCACCCAAAUCCGACUGGAAACGGCUGUACUUUGGAGGAUUGUUAUACCAAUCUCUUCGUCUUGACGGACAUUUGCGGGAUAAAAUGGCGCCGUCUGACAGUAGAUAGCGCGCCCGUUGACCAGUUGGAUGACCCCGUGCUAGUGGCCUAUUCACGAUGCAUUCAAAACGAUAUUCUCUGUGUCUGGCGUCGGGUAAUUCGCAACGUGGAGCAGCGUGUAAAUCCGCCGGACCAACUAUCAUGCAGCAAAGAACUUUGGAUAUUUUGGUAUGGAGAUCAGCCAUCCAUACUUGACAGCUUAUUGUCGUCUGACCUAGGUCUGAAAGAAGUGGAGCAUGGGACAUGGGACAGAGAUAAAGACAGUGGACUAACUUACGAGUGCAGAACGCUACUUUUUAAAGCGUUACAUAAUCUGAUUGAAAGAUGUCUGCUGUCAAAGAAUUUUAUUCGUCUUGGCAAGUGGUUUGUCAUGCCUCAUGAAAAUAGUACAGCCUCAGACAGAACAUGUUACCUAUCCUUCUGCUUCCAUUUUUUCCUGCAUGGAGAAUCACAAGUUUGUGCCAGUAUUGAGGUGAAAAAACACCCACCAGUAUGGCGUAUAACAAACCAACAUCUCUGCUUAGUUCAGGACAGCCAAGUUCCAUUUCAAGUCAUUCUAGCACCCUAUGGAUUGAAUGGGACUCUGACAGGACAGGCCUAUCGAGAUAUGGACCCAAACAGUCGUCGCGUGUACCAAGAAUGGGUUCAGUAUUACCCUCUUGAGAUGGAUGAUGCCAAAGAGUUUGAUCCAAACCGCCUGCCAAACCUUGUGGAGGUGUUAGUUGCAGGGGUACGCAUGCGGUAUCCCUCAGCUUAUGUGCUGAUCUGUGAGUCAGAGGAUGGUAGUGGACGUGGGUCUUCUACCAAUGCAACAACAGAUAACUUAGCCCCUCGAUGCCAAGGCCUUAACCCUUCUGGGCAGCUUAGUCCACCCCAUUCUCCUGGGCCUGGGUUGGCUGAAGCUAGUGUGAAGCCAGGGAACUUUGGACUGGAGGAUGGACGAGCUGCUCGAUCCGAUGCUAACCAUGCAUUAGGUCAUUUGAUUAUUGAGCGCUCUGCCCAGGAUGCUACACUUUCUGCUGGCACAUCUGUUCCAGUCAAGAGGUCUCAGGAACCGGGCACCGAGGAUAAUUCCAUUGUUGGUGUCUGGAAUUUCUCUGAUCCUUCAACCAAAGUCACCUGUAACUGUGUAAAGCAUCGAAAGAUGAAAUCAGUGGUGCAAGGGAAGUCAGCAUCUGGUGGGAAGCAUGGCAAAAGUGAAAAGCCAGAAAAACUGGAACGGCAGCAGUCACGGCAUGGGCGGAACACUGUGCCAUUCCAUCGACGCCAGCACAUGGUGGAGGAUAUGCUCCAGUUUGACAUGGAGCGUGUGCUGAAUCAUGUGCCUCCCAACCCUGCUUUCUGCCCCACUGGAUCAACCACCAUCCCUCCUCAUGGUGGCUCUACACCUGUGCCAGAGGGCCCAAUUGACACCCCCAACUCAGCACCCUCUCCUCUUGAUGAACCCCAGCCUCCUGCUCUCCCAUCCACCGACCCCACAAUGCCCACGCUAAGUCCCCAUCCACCUUCCAAAUUCUCAAACUCUGGUGGAGCCUCUGCCAGUGGUUCUGUGAACCCUGGCACUGGGACUGUCAAUGGAACAGCCUGCAGUGGUGGGGGUGGAGUUGGUAGUGGAGCAAGUGGAGGCAUUAAUGGCCAGGCAAGUGGUGGCAGCAGCAGUGGUCCUGGUGGAGGAAAUUGUGCUGGAAAUGUUGCUAAUGGUGUUACAUUGGGAAUAACAGGAGGAGAGAAAGACUUCGCAACACGCAAUGGACUAACAAAUGGCAGCGUGGGGCCUUUGGGAGACCCCCAAAGUGUACUUCCUAAUGGCAGCUUCAGUUCUUCAUCAGAGUUCUUCCCCAAAAUGGAAGACACUUCAGCAGGGGGAGGAACCACACCCUCUCAACCAAAGGCAGCAGCAGGGGGUGGGGUUACGAAUUCUGUGGGAGUGAGUGGCGCUUCAGUGCUCCCAGACUCGCAGAGUCCCUGGAGUGUGAUGGACUCGGCAAAGAGUGAACUUGUGUCAAACUGGGUUCAAUUGCAACAGAAAUCUGUUGAAAGUGUACUGAAGAGGCCAAUGUUGCCCACAUACGAUUCAGAUGAGGAAGGGAACUUGGCCACAGAUGCCCUGUAUGACUAUGAAACAGUUCAGGCAUGGGUCCAUUUUCCACUUAAAAAGAGUCGUUAUGAAUCAGUGAAUGACUCCUUCCUUCCAAGUGCAAGUACUAGUGGACUUGAACCUAUUUCCCCUGCCCCAUCACAUUCCCAACGUGCAACGCCACUUCCUCGCUCACCAUCUCCUGAUCCAUAUGAAUUUUCUGAGGAAGCAUCGGUGAAUCCAGCUACAAUGACUGCACGGGCUCGGCCUAGUCGGGAUGACUUGUCUAGACCAUCUCCAAGAGCGGAUGAUGAAACUGCACACCCUGGAGAAUUUGGCCAAGAAGAUGUAGUAAAUGAUAUUGGACAGAUGGAGUCACCAUUGCCAUCUGGAGGAAAUUUAACUCGGGAGAAAGACCUAGAGGUGAUAGGUGCAGAAAAAGAUUUGUUAAGAAUAUUUGAGUCUUCUUCUUCUGGUGAUGACGACGAUGAUGGGGGUGGCUUGGAUAUCAAAACAAAUGAUGAGCUCAAAACCAACAUCAAACCACCUAAUGAAACUAUUGCGGCAUCAGAACUUGCUCGGAUGUUCCCCACGCCUCCAUCAUUGGAAACAAAUAAGAUUCACUCUCCCCCUGAAACAGCCACCGAAGCCCCCAUGGAGGUGGUAGCUACAGAGGGACCUAGUAUCAAAGUGGAGAUGCAUCAUCCUGUGACACUAGAUGACAGCUCUAAGUUAGUUUUCUUGUUCUUUCAGUUUGAUGUCUUUGUGCCACCAAAGCAUGUGAACUAUGUCAGUGCACCCAAAUAUUCUCAGCUGCCAAGAAGUCUCUUGUCUGCACCAGUACAAGUCCCUGUUCUGGACUACAAGCCAUCCUGGCAUUUUGCUAUGCCAGCCAUGGAAAAUUCACACCCCCCAAGAACAACUUACCUAAAUGUGCCAUCUGUUGAUGCACUAAAUUCCCGGCCUAUGCCUUCUCCAGCUCUUUAUAGCAGCACCCAGCAAACACGCACUCCACGGACACCCAUGUCCUAUGAACUUCAGUCUCCUGCAUCAACUCCUUCCUCCUACCUCAACAAGACUCUCAACUCCAUUGACAAUGCUGGCACCAAUUCCCAGUUGCCUGAAGUGCACUCCCUUCUUGUGAACAUCCUUCUUUCAGACUCCAUUCUCAAUCUCUUCCGUGAUUACAAUUUUGAAAGCUGUAACAUCUGUGUGUGUAACAUGGACAUUCGUGGUUCAGACAUUGGAUUAUACUUGCCAGAAACAGGCAGCUCUUCAGAAUCAUCCUAUAAGUGUACCUGUGGUUUUAGUGCUGUGGUUAAUCGUCGUUUUGCGUACAAUGCAGGCCUGUUCUAUGAAGAUGAAGUAGACAUAACAGGCAUCAGAGAUGAUCGAUAUGAGCGGCGGAAACCAUUGCUUCAUUUGGUCUCUGAUGGAAAAACUAUGGAUGACAUUGAAGAUGUUACACCUGAAGUUUUACACUUACUGAUGGGACAGUUUGCGUUGGCUUUCCCCACAAGUGCAGCAUCCAGUCACUUGGCAUCACUUAAUAUAUCUGCUGCAAUGACUGUGACAGGCACAGUGCUAGAAAGGCUUCAGUUACGAGAUGGUAAUGACACAGUGUACACAAUACUAGACCUUGCUCGCCAGGCUUUGGAUAAUUGCUACCCCCACAAAUUAGAGGAUCCUUGUAUGCGCAGUACCUGUCUUCACAAGUGGCCCUACCUCAGAGGUUGCCAUGGCCUCCCUCACAACUCCCAGGACAUUGUCCAGUGCUUGAAAGCAUUGCAGCCAUUGCUGCAGGAUGCCAUUCAGUACAAACGCAUUACUCGCCUGUGGGAGCACACCUACAAACUACAAGGCCCACUUUCCUGGAAGGACUUCCAUCAGCUCUCUGGCAGAGGCUCUGUAGAAAGCAGUGAACCGCAACCUAUUCCUCAUUUCCUGGUCACACAUGACCGUGACUGGCUCUCUGUCUCCCCCUAUUCUAUCAGAUUCUGGGACAAGCAAUAUUUGGAGCCAUUUGGGCGACCCCGAGACAUCAUCUAUAUUGUGGUUGCUCCUGAAAAUGAGUUCUUGCUGCAGCAUGUACGAAGCUUCUUCAAGGAACUCAGCACAGUAUAUGAACUCUGUCGAUUGGGCCGCCAUGUUCCAAUCAAGCCAUUGCGUGAUGGCAUCUUACGCAUAGGCAGAAAUGCAGCCCAGAAAGUCCUUCAUGAGUCCGUAGAUGACUGGUUCAACCUGCUUGGUGAUACGCCAGUAGCAGCCAAGCUCAAAAUGUAUGCACAAGUGUGCAAACAUUUAUUAGCUCCCAUAUUGCAACAACAAACUCUGGACAGGUCAGCUUUUGAUACAGGAAACACUGCCUCACACAAAGCUCAGUUCAAAACACCUGAGCCAGCAGCAGCCCAUCCAGCUACUCCUGACCCCAGCCAUUCUCCUGCUACAGGCAUAUCCUCUCAAGGUGGCUCAGAGGAGAAUAAAGGAGAAGGUAGUCAGGCUGAAGGACCAACAGCCUCAAGGGAAGCCAUGAAUGAACCUGACAUUGAUGAUGGAAGUACUAUGCCAGCCAUUGUAGUGUACUUUAUCGACCCAUUCUCGUAUGGACAGGACUGGGCAGACCUCCAACGCCUGGCAAUGAUAGGCUUGCUGCGCUGUUACCAUCAGAUGGUCUUGCCACCUCACCUUCAAAACAACAUUUUCUUACAGGUUGUGCCUAUGAAAGCCAUCUUGGAUCACCGAGAGAGUAGCGCGCAGAGCCAGUCACUGAAGUCACUUGCCUUUUCAGUCUUCACUUCAUGCCGCUGGAAUCUCACACAUGCUAUCAUGGGCAGAUCACUCACAGGCUUUGGGCCAGCUGCUAGUGCAGAGCAGUUUCUUAAAAAUAAAGUGAGUGAAUCUCAGUCUCGUCCAUUCCGCCUUUAUAGUCCACCAUACAUUUUGGCGCCCAUGAAAAACCAGCAGGCACAGCUGUCCGAGUGUUGUGGUGACCAUACAGAGAAGAGCAAUGUUUUGUUCUGUGGCUAUUGCCUCUCUCAUGAUCAGCGAUCAUUGCUGGCUGUAUGCACAGAUAGCAGAGGAGAACUUCUGGACACUUGUGUCAUUAACAUUCAUAUUCCAAACAGGAAUCAACGAAAGAAGGCAUCUGCUCGAAAACAUGGGCUGUCAAAGCUGUGGGACUACAUACUAGGUGUUAUCUCCUUGACAACUCGGCCAACCCGGCUUGUUAUAGGUCGGUUUGGAAGGAUUGGUCAUGGAGAGCUCAAAGGCUGGUCAGGGCUGCUGGGCAAAAAGAAUUUGCAAGCAGCCAGCCGGCGCAUCCGGGAGAUGUGUGGACAGUGUUCCAUCAAUGCAGAGUACCCUUGUGUGCGAAGUGCGUGUGUUGUUUCAUUGGAGAUGAAUCCAAGUUUCCAAGUCAUGGCUGAUGCCAUCAAGCAGGAGGAAAAGCAAAGCAGCAACUGUCCCUUGCAAACACCUCGAGAUGCAUCUGUCACUCACAUCUUAGUAUUUCCAACCUCAGCCACUGCACAGGUAAAUGCCAACCCUCUGCAACCGGGAGACCCCAAUCCAAUGGAUACCUAUGAUCCUCUGGACAUCGAUGAUGUGUUUGGAGAUGGUGAUCUUGGGCAGGAUGUUUUGAGUGGAAUGGAGUCUGACCUAGUCAUUGACAUCUUCGAUCCUGAUCAGUUUGACCCACAGGCAGGCUCUCCACCUGUCCAGGAUCGCACGCGAGUCUGUUCCCGCACUAAUGAACCAUCCAUGAUCCCCAAUGGUCAGCUAGCAUCAGAUCCACAAGAUGACGUCAACUUGCUGCAACAGCCUUUGGCUAUGGGCUACUACAUCUCUACUGCCCCAACAGGACCCCUGCCACCUUGGUUCUGGUCAGCAUGCCCAGAAAACCAGCAUGUCAACCCCACCUGCUUUAAGGCUGCACUCCACAUCAACAUGUCCAGUCGAGCAUGGCAAGAUGAGCUGGAUCACUCCCCAAAUAACCCCAAUCGCAGCAACCACCCACUUGAUUCUCAUCUUACUUGUGAUGUUCUCAGGUUUGUGCUGGAGAAUUACAAUGCCCUCUCAUGGCUUACGUAUGAUCCUGUUACCAACGAUCGCCGCUCCUGCCUGCCAGUGCACAAAGCUGUGUUGAUGCAGAUGUACCAUGCUCUUCAAACAUACAUCUGACAUAGCUAAGAGGGGUGGGGGGAAGACUGAUGGAUCUGAAGAGCAAACUGUUGUAUGCGGCCUAUGAUGUCAUACCAUGUAUGAUUCUCACAGCACAGAGCAGCAGUGCUCAGUGAACUACUGUAUCUCCAGAAAUCAGGGGUAGGGUUAGAUGCUGAUGUUCUGUUCUCCUUGCCCCCACUCUGCCUAUUCCUGUGGAGUAGGGAGUGGUUAUUGUGAUAUGUGUUGUGGGGGAAGAGGCUGUUGGAGAGAGUUGAUUCUCAAGCACAGAAGACUUGAUGGUGGCCAGAUCACCCUAACUCCUGUAACUUCACCACGGCCUGCCUGCUGACGGGUGGGUGUUGUUGUGUGGGGAAGAGAAGGGGAAAAGGGGUUAUUGUCUCAAUGCCAAAUAAACCUGAGCAAAACCCAGCUACCUCAUUGCCAAGGUCGCCAUGCUGUCGUCUCAUGUCAAACAUGACCUGUUUUUGUUAUCAUUACGUCCUUUUCUUCCAUGGAGUGCUACCUCGUAGAGAGAUGAGCAGUCCCGGGCUUGUGUGUUGUGUGUCAAAAACAGAAGUGAACACCUGUUUUUUAUUUCUGAGCGAGAGGAACAUUUGACUUCGGCUGUAAGGAGAGUGUGCAUUUUAAAAUGUUGACUCAGAGAGCUGUGCACACACACAGUAGUCUGCACAGCUGGCCUUCUCGUCAUUUAUUUUUUUACCAAAUUGUGAAAUAUGGGGAAACCAAACAAAUUGUGUUUACCACAUUUUAACAGAACAAAAGUUAUUAGCAUCGGUGAUUAUAAAAUGUUUUUAAGGACUAUUUUAGUUCUGUAAAUACAAUGAAGAGAGGUGAAGAGUAGAACAGACUGGUCUGCAGUAUCCCAGUACUGAAUGUCAUUGAGGAGUAACAAGACAAAGAUUAUCUAACUCUUGGAAUAGAUCCAUGACUGUACAAAGUCAAAAGAAAACAUCAUGUUAGAAGCAUCUGUGCAUUGGUACCACUGACUGCACUUGUGGUAUAAAAUUAUGCCCAUUUAAAGCAAAAGGGUUGUGUUCUUCCAGGACAUUGCAUCAGUGUAAGGCUCAAAAGCCUAAAAGCAUAAAUGCGAUACAAGCAACACAUUUCUCUGAGCAGGUAUUGAAAGUUGGGCUGUAGACAAAGAGCAGUGCCAAGAUUUUUAUGCAUCUUAUUAUAUGCAUUUUGUGAAAGCCAUGAUGAUGUCUUGAAUGAACCAUGGUGAAAACAAUAUUCAACUUUGUGAUUUCAUUUUUUUAAAGGACGAGAGCUGGUGGAAGUGGGAAUUCAAACUAGUCUGUUGUCUUGGGAUGUAAUCGGUGCUCACACUGUGGUAACGCUUCUAACUUUUCCUCAGGAUCUUGUGAUCAAGAACAACGUUGUUUAUGACGGACAGCUCUGGUAGAUGUCAACAACAGCCAUGUGGGAAUACAUGACUAUGACAAGUGUUUUCUGGGGGGUUUUUUUGUUUGAUGAAAGCUACAGACUGACAAUUUGCUAGGGGUGAGUUUGUGAGAAAGGGCAGAUUUUGUUGAGAAAAACCUGUCUGGCAUCUGGCAUGUCAAAAGUAGUCACAGCCUUGGCUGGUUUUGCGAAACAAUUGACAUGGUUUCUCCCACGAUGAUCAUGCUAUGUGUUACACAUACGGCAAUUUGAUAUGCAUUUCUGUAGUUUUAAUGGAUUACUGCAUGUUUGGCCUCUGCCUGGUAUUGUUUGGGUUUUUAGGGGGAUACUGUUUUAAGGGAAAAAAACAUCCAACUGUUUACUGUUGGCUUUGAAAGCACAUAAACUGACUGCACUCUGAGGUGCAUCAUUUUGCGAGAUGAUAUUUCUUGAACUGAUUUCACACACACCAGCCCCAGCCCAAGGAUAUUUUAAAGAAUAUGAAACCCUAAAAGUAGAUGUCUCCACACAAAAACUAAAUUUAUUUGUGAUAAAGAGGCUUUUCAAGACUAUCUGAAUAAACAGUUUAGCUUAAUUAAGUACAAUAUCUGCUAAAAAAAAGAGAUCAUUCCGGGAGCUGACCAAAAAAAAAAAAGCAAGUUGGUGCUGAUCCUGGUAUCGGUACUGUCUUAAAAGAAGACAUUGCCUUUUGAAUUAAAGACUUCUUUUAUGAUUAUACAAUAAUACUUUUUGGCAAAAUAAACAUCCUUUUGUACUAUUUAAAUGUUUUGUUUUGAGGCUACCCACCCUCCUUUCCUUGUCAUAUUCCCCGGCUUUGACAAAGCACCGAAUAAAGAAACUGGGCACAACACGUUUUUAAUACAACAGUAAGUAAAGAUUGCUAAGAACGGUAUCUAGGCCUUGCAAGAGAAGAGAGAAUGUGCAUGCAUGCAUGUUCAUUGUUAAGAAUGUGAUUUUACUUUAUUGCUCAUAGUAAUCAUAACCUUUUGACAGUGGAAAGGGCUGAGGAGGGUUGUGACUGUUGCAAAUUACAUGUUACAUUAUAUGCUCAAGAUGCUUACAAGUAAUCUGCCAGGAAUGUGAUGUACAUUAGUUUGUUGACAAAAGUGGCCAUGAGGACCUGUGUUUGAAUGUUACACAGAUGAAUGAGAUAUUUAUCGUAGAACAUGUUAGCUGAAAAGUAUGUUCAUUUUCCUAUACCCACCCUUUACAUAAUCUCUAUAAAUGCAUACCACAAAAUGUCAACAUAUAAAUGCUUAAAUUUAUAACACUCCACAAGUGAUUUUGAAAGGUAUUAAAUUGCUAGGGAUUAAAACAAAUGUUUUGCAAGGUCACUGUUGCAGCUUUGACAGCAUCUGUCACAAGGUAAAAUUAGGAUCUAGUGAGUAGUUACACAGUUUUUAUUACUACAUUGCAAAGAUAAUGCAGCUUUAAUGUCAACAGUGAAAUAUUGUAAGAUUGUUCACUCUUUAAUUGUGGGCACAAUCUUUAUAAACUUGAAAUAAUAGUUUUUGUUAUGGUGGGGAGGCCAGCCAUUAAGAUUAAUCAGUGGCCUUGAGAUCAUUCAUGUCCCAAAAAACUUGACAGUGGGAUAGUUUUUCUUUUUUGGAAGCCAUGCAAGGUGCUUAAAAAUAGGAAGAAAAUUCUAAUACUGUGCUGUUCAUGUAGUGAUAUAUGCGUGCAUGCAAGUUUCAUCACCUAUAAAGUUUUUUUCAAUUUGGCUGCAAAGUCUUGAGGUUUGGUUAAUGUUCAGGUAAGUAGUCUUAAGGCAUUUUUUUAAAAACUUGUAAGAAUGCAGCAGAUAUUUUUUAAAGUGGUUGAAAUGAGUUACUGUUUUCAGACCCCAAGUAAGACCGAUUGAUUGAAAUAAGGUAUUUCUAGUUGACACUUAGAUAAUGGAAAGGCAGGUAUACUAUUUUGAUAAAACAUUCUUGGUCAACGAUAAGCUGAGAGGUUCAUCUUUAAGUUGCUUGUCUCACAAUAAUUUAAAUGUAAUUUUUUCAUGCCUGCAACUACUAAUCAUUGACUGGGGUGUUUGCUUUUUUUUUUUUUUUUGGCCUUCGGUUUCCUGGGAGUUUUUUCUUUCAUUACUCAGUGUCCUGAUAUAAACCAUUGCUGUGUAUUAAGUAAAAUGAGCUUAUGUAUUGGUCCAUCACCUAUUGCUUUGCUAUCUGUGAUAAAUUUUUCAAGUUAAAAAUAAUCAUCACAGUGUUUGUAUUUAGUAGAUUUUAAUAAGAUUAAGCAUUUUUGUGAGACCAAGGCUGAGGCUUCGUAGGCCUGAUAUGGUGAUUAGGAGUAAUUUGGUGAAUGGGGUCUGACAACCCUCAGGAUACAUGAUUGUUUCAACCUUAUCAAAUAUAGGUAGGGUUGACAAGAUUUCAUGUCAACUCACUGCCCUAUUUAUGUUAAACUAUCAAUAUUAGGCCUGUUAUUCCCAGCCUCAUGUUCCCUUCAUCCAGAAAACAAAAACUUAACAUUUUUUUGAGCAGAGUUGUUCAAACACUGAGCAGUAGUCAUAUACUUAAGUGUGUGUGUGCGUGUUGGGGAGUUUACAAGGGGGAUAUGUCUUUUUUACCUGUCAAUUCUAGGUUGUAGUAGUUUUCACCCUGAUUUUGAGCAUUAACCCUCUCAGUUUGACAAACUAAAAUAUGUCAUUAAAGAAACAAGUGAUUUUGUGGGGAAGACUUGCUUGAGCAAGAUUUCUAUUUUAUACUCUUUGUACCCUUGCAGUUCUCACUUCCAUUCAGAAUAUACCAGAUGAUGACAUUUCUAUAAGCCCAGACAUUCCCUGAAGCAAGAUCCGAUGUAUAGAUUUCAUCAUAAAUUUUCGUUAUAAUUACUGAGUGGCUAACGUGCUGCUUAUUUGAGGCUUUAUGGUAGGUCUUUUAGUGUGGUAGGAUUAUUGCAUUACAGUUUUCUAUUUCAUGUUGUUAGUGAAAAGGGGAGUACCUUUCUCAUUGGGAAAGUUUUUGGGCUUGAGCAUAAACAGUUGUUCCCUGUACUUUGUAUUCCUGGUGAGUAAUGGGUUGUCUUUAAAUAUUUUGAUACAUGCUUCCUUUUUUCCAAGCAAAGUGUUUGGUGCACAAGCUAAAAAAAUUUUCUUUUGUUCAUUUUUGCAUGUGUCUAAAUUUAGUGCAGGUCAAAAAGUUUUGAAGCUGUAGAUGAGCACAGGCUCAGCAUGGAAAAGUCUUAUUAGUCUCAGAUCUGAUCACAGCUAUCUGUUGAUGGGCCAAAGUUGCCGAACCUGGGAACUGGUUUCGGUUUCCCUAUCCUCACAUUUUUGUUUUGCCAUGGUUUCAUUAUUUUCCAGUCUAGCAGACAUUUUCCUCUCAGGAUGGAUUGGGGGUUGUUUUGUUUUGUUUUUUUAAGUGGGAAAGGUUGGAAGUCUCCUUUGAUUAAGAGAUUUUUUUUUUCUCAGGAUUACUUUCUUAUGAAUGCUGGCAUUCACCACACCUAUGGUAUUUUGGAGUUGGGUUUAUUCAGUGCCCUAACUUAUUUCAAACAAUGAAUACUGUAGUUUAAUUAGUAUAUACAUGUUAUAAUUAUAAGCUUUUUAAGCUUACUCUUUUUACUUAUGUCAGUUUAUCUGUGCAUUUCUUUACAAAGAAGCUAAUUUUCACUAGCUGUCAGUUGCUUUUUGUCUAAUAGUACAACUGAAACGAAGUUGUUUAUUGGUUUCUAUCUUUUUAUACACUCUACUUUUUUCUUUCUCUCUCUAUGACCAUUAUCCUCUUUUGUUAAGUCAAAUGUAGGUAAUUUUAUUAAGAAACUAAUGACAUUAAACUCUGGAAAUAAAGGAGAGAGAAUGAUGUAUCUUCCAGGUAAAGAGAAUGUGUGUAUGCAUCCAUCUGCAUUUUCAAGAUCUAGUCAUCGUUUGAAUGCUGGCAGGCCAAGUUUGUACAUUCUGUUUUAGUUGUCCCAUUCAUAAGAGUUGACUACAGUUUCUGCAAGCAUGAUCUGAUAAAAAAUGCACUCUUGUUCAAACAGGAAACAAGUUACUACAUUAUCCACCAGAUAUUGCUUCUUUAGUUCUGCUUGGCAACACAAACUGCUCAUUUUUUUAACAGAAGACUAUUGUAUUCGAUGUGUAUGGAUACACGUUUUAAUGUUCUGCAUGAUUUAACAAUUACACUGAAGUUUUACAAUGUGCUACUUUGAUUUUUGAUUAAAGUAUCUCAGUAACUUUAAUUUUCGAGGAGCAGGAGUGAGUGCUGUUGCACACAGAUUUUUCACUACAUGCUAUCUAAAUAUAGCCACUCCCUAUAACCUAUUUAUACAAAUAUUAUGAAACUGCUUUUUUUCUUGCUUAGUCUGGCAAAAAUCACGGUUUUUGUACAACUAUGCUGGCAAUAUUUGUCACUAAAUAUGUACAUAGCUAUCAGGAUUUGGGUGUAUGGGGAGUGCCAACCCUAGCCCCAUGUACCUGAUCUGUUAAAGAGAUUGUGUGAAGUUCUUGGAAGGUAGAAAUAGGACAGAGAAAAACCCAUAACUUAUUACUGCAAAGUCGAGCAGUCUUAACGAUAUUUUGUACAUACUUGUAAUAUUUUAUAUUGUUUUUCUAACCGUGCACUUGAAUGUUGUAAGCAUAUUUUGAUACCCAUAAAAAAUGUCAUGUCUUCUGCCUUUCAAUAUUGCACCUGCCUCCUUUUCCAUGCUUGAAAGCCCUUGCCACUUCUCCUACCUGUCUAUACCUUUAUAAAAUAUAUAUUUAAUCCAUCAUGUACCCAUUCAGGGUGUUACAGAUGAGGUGCAGCAUUGCGUUUUUGUGUGUAUUGUUUUUUUAGUGUUUGCAAAAAUGUUAACAUGGAACUGCAGUGUAUGUACAUUUUUGUGUAUUCUUGUCUGUAAAUACAUUGUGUUCUUGUUACUGAUACAAAUCGUUUCUCAGUUUGUUGUCACAUCCAAUUCCUUUUUGCAUAACUGAAACACCAGACAGCGUUUAUGGGUGGAACUUUCUUUUUUAAUGAACUUGUGUACAAAGUACAGAGAUACUGACUGUGGAAAUAGAGUAGAUAGGCUAAACAACUUGUUUUUGUUACUCUGUGAUUGUGAUUGUAAUUUGUAGCCUUGUGUCAGAUGCAUGGCAGAUACAAAGAGUCAAGAGUUGUCUGUCUGAUGAGUACCUGUUUUUAUGACCUGUAGUCAUCUCAUUGGGGAAUGGCAUUGUGGCCAUCUUGCUUUUUAAAAGACCAGUGAUAGUAUGUCUUAUUUAGUUUGUAGAGAUUUCAUGUUGAUGUUCAUGUGAAGCAAGACCUGAUUAAUAACUGUGCAUUACAGUUAAUAAGACAGAAGAUGCAAUGGGGAAGACGUCUUGGCCACGUACAAGAAUGUACAACUGAUAUGUUGAUGAUGCACUGUUUGACUAUGACUGUUGCCCAUGAUGUUUUGGCUUUUGUUAGCCUGUAGAAUGCUGGACCUUUUGAGAUGUAAUCAUGCAGACACCAACUUAAAUCUCUUUUUUGAUUCCUUCUUCAUAAAAUGGGUGAAAGAGGGCUUAUAUAGGUGGCCAGUGUGAUUGGUUGUCAAAGUGAAAUGAUGUAAGAUAGACUGAAUGCAUAGAAAAUACAGUUGACAGUGGUUAUAGAGGUUGUUUUAGAAAUGGCAUUGAUUCAUUAAGCCCAAGAAGUCAAGAAGUCUUGUACAUCUGGAUCAAGACUGCUUAGGUUCCCCUGCCCCCCUCCCCCUCCAGCAUGCACACACAGACCGGCAUGUGUGUGCAUGUGCACUUGCACACAUACACAGUGCUUAUGUAUUUAACUGUUUGCUUUCUGAUGGCAGCACAGUCCCAGAGAACUGUACCAAUAAAGCCAGUAUUAAGGAAUAUCUCAUUCAUCAAAAUUUUUACCAGAUAAUUUAGAUUUCAUCACGUCAGCAAUUUGCCCUUUCCCUUCUCUUCCCCCUCACCCCCUUUUUCCAAUGUUCUGAAAUUUCUACAAGAAAUUAUACCAUCACAGUUGAUUUUGAUUUUUGUGAAUCUUUACAUUUCAGUGUAUGCUGAUCCGACACCAAGUACUCAGCAAAGGUCAUCAGAUGGCAGUCAAUUUUUAUAAGCGUCCGGUUGAAAUUAUUGCUAGCUGAAUUCAUCACAGCAUAAAUGUAUAGCUAUAACUCUCAUCAGUGGUAAAGGAGGGGAAUGCAAGGUCGCCUGCCCACACUGCCCAGACCACCCUGCACCAUGUCCUAUAUGAUCCCAUUGUUCCCUUGAUGGCCUGUGUGCCUGCCAUGUGAAUAUACUGUAUAUGAUGUCAUGAAGCAAAUUGAAUGUAUAACUUAUUUUUUUGUAGCUGGUCCAUAUCACAUCAAACUAGCUCAUGAAAAUAAAAGAUGCAAAAUAG